AUGUUUUGGGUGGUGUUUGGUGCAAUUUUCCGUUCUAUUUUUUGUCAGAAAAAGUCAAGUGAAUCAUAUAUUUUCUUUAUAAAUAAGUAAAUAUUUAAGAAACAAUGGCUGCUACCCUUAAAUUAUAUUUAACUGCCGUACGUCACUCGCUAACAGCGGCAAUGUGCUUGCAAGACUUCCCUUCCCAAGUAGUAGAGCGUCACAACAAACCAGAAGUAGAGGUCUGCUCCAGCAAAGAACUGAUUUUAACCCCAAUAGUGAUAUCUCGUAAUGAACGUGAGCGGGUCCUCAUUGAACCGUCAAUCAAUUCGGUACGUGUUAGUAUCGCCGUUAAGCAAGCGGAUGAAAUUGAGAAAAUAUUAUGCCAUAAAUUCACCCGGUUUAUGAUGCGUCGAGCAGAAUCUUUUAUCAUUCUAAGGCGAAAACCCAUUGAUAGUUAUGAUAUAAGCUUUUUGAUAACAAAUUUCCAUACAGAACAGAUGUAUAAACACAAAUUGGUGGAUUUUGUUAUUAGUUUCAUGGAAGAGAUCGAUAAAGAAAUUAGCGAAAUGAAAUUGGCAGUGAAUGCUCGCGCACGUACUUGUGCAGAAGAAUUCUUAAAAAGAUUUUAAAAAAUUCCAUUGAAUGUAUUUCCAAAAUAAUUAUAAGCAAAGAAAUAAUUUUUGUAUU